CGGCGGAACAGCGAAAAUUCCCAAGGCUGGACGAACGAAGGCGGGAAGAACAGAGAGACCGCCGAACUUUGAUCUUGUCCUCCGUCAACGACACUAAUUCCCGGCUCCUCCAAGAGCUUCUUCUGUCUUCUCUCCCCCCCUCCUCCUCUUUCCCCACAACCUCUUCCCUCCAAGUCAGAAAACUCCGACGAGGGUUUAUGGCUUUCACUGUUUGCUGAAGGCUACCAAUCUAUCUGCUUACGACAUCUACCACCACACCCCGAAUCAAACGACCUCCACUCGACCUCUCUGCUCGCCGCUAGGCUCCACCUUCCUCGACAAUGGCCUCCGCCCUCCGACGGCCAGGCAAUCUUGCUCGAUACUCGAGGAGAGCCUCGGAGUACUUUCUCCGCGCUGGUCCGCGCGCCCCGUACACUCCCCGAUCGGCCCUUCCGUCGCUGAUCAACGCGCGAACGUACGCCUCCAACGGCCGCAACGGUCCGAAACCCCCGAGCAACGACCAGAACGGCCAGCAACCGCCCAGUCCGCCGGGGCCGGGGAAGGGUGAUGGUCAGAACAAUGAGGGCCCCGCGAAGCCGGAGCCAGAGCAGCAGCCCCAGUCGACUCUCUCCAUGGUAGAGGAGGGGUUGCUGAACCGGGCUGCUGAGGACCUGAAGCGGAAACUUCCGGGUUCGCAACAUGCGCUGGUGGAUGAGGUACAUGCGUUGAUCAAGGUGAGGGGCAUGCCUCAGGAGAUGCGGCGGUUCGCCCACAAAGUGGAAGACGGCGAGUCGGUUUCCCUGAUGGAAUACGCGAAGAUGGCGAAGUGGAUGGACAGCUAUGCUGCCGAGAGCCGUGAGAUGGGCUAUAACCAGGGAGAUGAGGGAGCGCACAAGCAGCAUAAAGGACCUGAAUCGGAGAAAGAGCAGCAGCAACGGAAAAAGGAGCAAGGAGAGGGAGGCGCGAAGCAACCGAAUUUCAAGACGCUCGAAUUUCGCAUGGAUCCCGCCACGUUCCUGGUCACGGCGUUGUUGACGUACUACACGUACAAAAGCAUCUUCCCCGGCACUACUGGCAAGGAGAUCACGUGGCAGGAGUUCCGGGCGAAUUUCUUCGACCGGGGCCUGGUCGAGAAGUUGACCGUCGUCAACGAUAGUCUGGUCCGGGUCGACGUGCACCGUGAUGCGUUGCUUCGGACGUACCCCGACUCUCCCGCUGCUCAACCUAACUUCAACUAUUACUUCAGUAUUGGGUCCGUCGACACGUUCGAGCGGAGGCUCGACGAGGCACAGGACGAGUUGCAUAUCCCCAGCUCCGAACGGAUCCCUGUCUCCUACGUUGAGGAAACAUCGUGGGGUCCCGUGAUUAUGUCACUCGCCCCGACGGCCUUGAUGAUCGGCUCCUUUUUGUUCUUCGCGAGGCGCAGCGGUGGAGGUGGCGGCGGCGGCCUUUUCGGCAUCGGGAAGAGCCGCGCCAAGCGGUUCAACCACGAGACCGAUAUCAAGACCAAGUUCGCCGAUGUAGCGGGCAUGGAUGAGGCUAAGGUUGAGAUCAUGGAGUUUGUCAGCUUCCUCCAGAACCCGCAGAAGUUUGAGAGGCUCGGAGCCAAGAUCCCUCGCGGCGCCAUCCUUUCAGGUCCCCCCGGUACCGGUAAGACGCUGCUUGCCAAGGCGACAGCCGGCGAGUCGGGCGUCCCCUUCUUCAGCGUCAGCGGUUCCGAGUUCGUUGAAAUGUUCGUCGGUGUUGGUCCGUCUCGUGUGCGUGAUCUGUUCGCCAACGCACGGAAGAACACCCCGUGCAUCAUCUUCAUCGAUGAGAUCGAUGCCAUUGGUAAAUCCCGAGCGAAGCAGGCCUACGGUGGCGGUAACGAUGAGCGCGAAAGCACCCUCAACCAGAUUCUCACAGAAAUGGACGGUUUCAACACUUCAGAGCAGGUGGUCGUCCUGGCCGGUACGAACCGGGCGGAUGUGCUUGACAAGGCUUUGAUGCGACCCGGUCGAUUCGACCGACACAUCACGAUCGACCGACCGACUAUGGAUGGACGCAAGCAGAUCUUCCGUGUUCACUUGAAGAAGAUCGUGACGGACGAGGACAUGGACUACUUGACCGGUAGACUUUCGGCCCUCACGCCUGGUUUCGCUGGUGCUGACAUUGCGAACUGCUGUAACGAGGCGGCCUUAGUUGCCGCUCGUCACAACGCUGAUCGCGUCACCAUGCAGCAUUUCGAGCAGGCUAUUGAGCGUGUGAUCGGUGGCCUCGAGAAGAAGUCCGUUGUGCUCUCCCCCGAGGAGAAGCGCACGGUAGCCUACCACGAGGCCGGACACGCCGUCUGUGGCUGGUACUUCCGCUGGGCCGACCCGCUGCUCAAGGUCUCCAUUAUCCCUCGAGGCCAGGGCGCCCUGGGUUACGCCCAGUACCUGCCCGCUGGCGGUGACACCUAUUUGAUGAGUGUCAACCAGAUGAUGGACCGCAUGGCGAUGACCCUGGGUGGCCGUGUGAGCGAGGAGCUGCACUUCGACAGCGUCACCAGCGGCGCCAGCGACGAUUUCAACAAAGUCACCCGCCUGGCAACCGCCAUGGUAACCAAGUUCGGUAUGUCGCCCAAGCUGCGGUACAUCUACUACGAGGAGGAUCCGUCGCAGCAGAUGCACAAGCCUUUCUCGGACGACACCGCCCGGGACAUCGACACCGAGGUUCAGCGCAUCGUGGACGAGGCCCACAAGCAGUGUCUCAAUCUUCUCACCGAGAAGAAGAAGGAAGUUGGCAUCAUUGCCGAGGAGUUGCUGGCCAAGGAGGUCCUCAGCCGCGAUGACAUGAUCCGUCUGCUCGGCCCCCGCGAGUGGCCCGAGUCGGGCGAAUUCGCCAAGUACUUCGAUGGUAAGAACGGCCAGACCAUCGCGCCGCCGGAGCCUCCUAGUAGCGACGAGAUCAACGGCAAGAACGGAGAAGACCAGCCCCGUGUCCAGUGAUAGAGCGCUAAUGACACUGCCGACCGAACUUGAACCUGAACCUAUGCGUGAACAAGGGCUAUGUCAAAAGGGGGGAAACUAACCAUCGAGCCGUUUAUAUUGGCAAGAGUUGGAAAGGGGCAAAAAUCAUCAUCUCAUCAUUCACAUAUAUGUUCUACGGGUUCUGUAUUUAUCUUGUCACGGAAGCAUCUCCUUUCUUGUUUUUCUUUCCUUUUCUUUUUUCCUUCCCCUCUCUUACUUGUUUCUCCUUCUCAGAUUUCCUCCCAUCUAUCCAUCUAUCCCCCCUUGUACUAACGCACCUUGUCCACACUUGCUCUCUUCGGUGCCGUGUCUGUCUCUCCCCUCCCUCCAUCCUUGCCGUCUAGAUAUGAUCUUCCAUUCUUCCAUUCUUCCUCUCCUCCUCUCUUCUUUUUUUUAUCCGCUGCGUCGCGUCUCCUCAACUCUUUGUGUGCAUGUUUGCUUUUGCUGCAUUUUUCUUUUCUUGUCUCCUUAUGAAAUCACCUGGUGUCCCUGUUGUGUGUACUUGUAUAGUAGUAGUCAAAGCUAUUCAUUUCUUAUUCAUUUUCCUUGCUGUGUGGGGGGUAGGGGGUAACUUGGAAGCUUGGAUC